AUGGCGGUUGUUGUCGAACAGACGAUCCCUUUCGCGAACGAACAAUUGGAUGCCGAGAAUCCUACAAGAUGGAACACACUCUACCCUUUGAUCAGACCUUCCAUCAACGCAGUCGAGACAACAACAGGCCAGACAGUGCUUGUUGAUCAAUCUCUAGCAAAUGACAAGUAUGUCAGGGUGGCAGUGGUUGGCAGAGCUGGAAACUUCUCGAGCAAGCUGUUGUCGGACACACAUAUCACUGCGAUCGUCACCGAGGCUGGAAGCAAUCAAAUCCUGUCGAGCAAAGAGAUUGCGAAAGCGAUCGAUGAAGCCGGCCACCAGCAACAUGCCGGCAUAGUUGUCCUGAGAUCUGGCAAGCAGAGGAGCAUGGACAAGAUCGAGGAGGACUUGUUGGAGGUCGUGGUCAAGGGGGAUCUGGAGGUAGACCAUUUGAUCCAUCUUCUUGGUGCUGCGACAGAGUCAACAAGGUCGUCCAUAGAGAGCACACGUGAAGUUCUGGAAGUAUUCCUCGAGACCUCAACAACAGCGACGUCGACGUUUCGAACAGGAAAAGAGAACGGACAGGCAGCGAUAUUGCAUGCUGAGGGAAAGCCCAGUGGAUAUGAUGAAGCCCGAGAGGCUAUCGAGAAAGCCCUGGAACAUGUUCUGCGCCCCCAUGUUGACCAGAAUGAAGGCACGACAUACUCUUUGCAUUACUCGGACGUCAAUGGUCUGUCGCGAUUGGAGAACUACAUCCUAGGGCUCGAGAUUGCCACGUAUCUGAGAAAUGCCGGUUUGUCGUACCGCUUGUCGACUUCAACGCUCUUGCAGCACGCGGAUCUUGCCAGAGGUUUCUCAAUCUCGGUCUGUCCCGUGUCCAAGCAGUAUCUUGAAGCACAGGCUGAGCCCACGAAUCCUCUGGCUGAUGAGGCGACUGAAGGCAGCAAUCUGACCAAAGUCGACUCGCGAUACAUGAAAUUCACCGACCAGGCAGUCCGAAGUCGCAUCGAGAACGGCUGCGACGCGGUGAUCAAGGAAGAGGCAACCAUCACACGGUACGACGAGAUUGUCGGUGACGGCGACUGCGGGUACACUCUGCGAGACGGCGCAAAGCAGGUGCUCAAGUUCAUCGCAAACAGAGACCUCUGUGAGCUGCCUCAAACACUCAGCGAGCUAAUGCAUGACUUGGAAGUCAACAUGGGAGGCACGUCUGGCGCCUUGUAUUGUAUUUUCCUGACAUCCUUGUCUUCUUCUCUUGCUGCGACGGAUUCGGUGGCGGCGGCGUUGGCGGUUGCGCUGGAGCAGUUGCUGAAUUAUACGCGGGCGAGACUGGGCGACAGGACCAUGUUGGACUGCUUGAUUCCGUUCGUUGAGGUGCUCAAGUCUGGCGGAGACGUAUCGAAGGCGCUAGAAGAGGCUGAGAAGGGCGUCGAGAGCACCAAGAAUCUCGAGGCGAAGCUUGGGAGGAGCACCUACUUGGACGAGAGUGCGACAAGAGGUGUGCCUGAUCCUGGUGCAUAUGGCUUGCUUGUCUUGUUGAAGGGAAUGUGCGCGAGUUAG